AUGUUGAUCUCACGGCCGUCCAUUCGAGCCUUAGUGGCAACGACUCUCCUCGCAAGUUAUUGCUCUGCUGAAUGCUGGCGAAACUCGACAUGCGACGGGCCAAGCUCUGCCUCUUUUCCAGGAGGUUGGGACCAGUACAACUAUGCUCCCGCCUCUCGAAACGUAACGCCAAAGUACAUCUUAUCUCUACCAUCAGGAGCGAACAUCUCCGUCUUCAACGCCCCAGUCAAUCUUUCCAGCCAAAUCGACGGCCUGGUUUUUGACUUCGGCGUCGAAGUAGGCGGCAUCGUGACCAUCGACUACAAGCUCUCCCAAUCCAGCAACGCUACUCUCGGCCUCGCUUUCACAGAGGCAAAAAACUACAUUGGCCGCAAGUCAGACAACUCGAAUGGAGGGACCGGACAAGACGGUGCUCUCUCGUACAAUAUCACCUCGGAUGCAGCAGAAAGCUACGUGAUGCCCGAUCCCAAGCUGCGCGGCGGCUUCCGUUAUCUGACCUUAUUUCUCACGCCUUCCGACUCGUCGUCUACCGUCUCGCUGGAGAUCCGCAACAUAAGCCUCGAGAUCAGCUUCCAGCCGACGUGGUCCGACCUCAGGGCCUACCAGGGCUACUUCCACUCCAGCGAAGAGCUCCUCAACAAGAUCUGGUACAGCGGGGCGUAUACUAUCCAGACAAAUUCCGUCCCGGGCAAGACUGGUCGCGUGUCUGCGUCGAAUGGGCGCACGAGCUGGCAAAACGACGCCUAUAUUGGGCCUGGGGAAACCGUUCUCUUGGAUGGAGCGAAGCGUGAUCGCUGGGUUUGGAUUGGGGAUAUGGGGACGGCGGUGCCUUCUGCUUUUGUGAGCACCGGCGAUAUGGAGAGCACGAAGAAUGCGCUCUUGGCGAUCUACAACUACCAGUCUACCGAUGGCACCUUGCCAAAAGCCGGUCCCCCGUAUCUCUCCAAGGACAGCGAUACCUAUCAUCUGUGGACACUGGUCGGCACUUACAACUACUUCUUGUACACCGGCGACACGGAUUUCAUGGCUUCGAUCUGGCCCAAGUACCUCAAAGCCAUCAACCUCAGCAGGAGUAAAGUCACAGACAAGGGAAUUAUGAACGUGACUGGCGCUGCUGACUGGGGUCGAUGGACAUACUCCACUGAGCGCAGCUCAGCGAGCAUGCUAUUGUAUCGAGCACUGCGCACCGGCGCCGAUAUCGCCUCCUGGUCUCCUAUCCUCACGAACGCAAUCAGCUACCAGAAAGAGUGGACAAGUGCCGCGACCAAGCUGCAAACUUCCAUUAUGGCUGAGCUAUGGGAUGAGAGCAAGGGAGCGUUUAAGGAAAGUCCCAACAACACGUCGCUGUACCCUCAAGACGCGAACAGCAUGGCAAUCGUCUUUGGCGUCGUCUCCGCAGAUAGUGACGAGGCGCAAAGUGUGUCCGACUACCUCGAGUCGAACUGGACCCCAAUCGGCCCUCACUGCCCCGAACUCAAAAACAACGUGUCACCAUUCAUCUCCAGCAUCGAGAUCGCCUCGCAUUUCCGGACGGGACGAGCCGAUCGGGCGUUGCAGCUUAUCCGCGACGCGUGGGGCUGGUACCUGAAUAAUCCCAACGGCACGCAGUCUACUGUCGUAGAGGGGUAUCUCAUCGAUGGAACCUGGGGCUAUAGAGGAGAUCGGGGAUACCGCAACGAUUCGUCUUAUAUAUCACAUGCCCACGGAUGGAGCAGUGGUCCGACUUCGACUAUGACGGAGUAUCUUGUCGGACUACGAGUCACUAAGCCUGGCGGAAGUGAGUGGCAGCUCAAGCCUGUAUUGAGCGAGCUCUCGGAGGCCGAAGCUGGAUUCACGACUAGCCUGGGCAAGUUUUCUGCAAAGUUCACGGUUGGUGAUGGUGGAGAGGCUGUCGUUGAAUGGGAUACGCCGGCGUCGACUCGGGGAUACUUGGUGUUGCCGGGACAGAAGUCCGUCUGGGUUGAUGGUGGAAAGGGUAACAAGACUAUCAGUGUCUAG